UAAAGGAACGACAAUGGAGGGCGUCGCGUCUUCUGCAUAUGCCGAAGCCAUAAUAGAAACCCUAAAGACCAGAGGCUGGUGUGUAGGCGAUCUGGACCAAGUCAAAACUCUCGUAGUACUAUUCAAAGCUUUAUCGGACGACUUAGACUUGUGUUCGAUCGCCAAUAAGGUUGAAUCGGAGCUCAUUAACACGGACCUUAGAUCCUUCGGUGGAAUAUCCUUACCCGAAUCCAAUAUUCGGAAAUCUUCUUAUAUUCUAGGCCCCAGAGUGCUACAAAUUUCGUCAGUUAGGGAUAUAUCUAAAAGCAGCAUAGCCGAAUUUUCUGGGAAUUCGAGUGGUUCACGUUUGCUGAGAUUGGGUCUGACUGAUGGCCAUAGUGAGAUAACUGCCAUUGAGUUCACUCAUGUUCCAGCAAUUGCAGACGAUGUGGUUCCUGGUACCAAGAUUCGCUUGGAAAACAAAGUCAUGAUAAAAGGUGGCAUAUUAUGCCUGAACCCUAAGGUGAUAACUGUGUUAGGAGGCGUUGUUCAAUCACUCUAUGAUGAAUGGAAGAUGAAUAAAAAGUAUUCAGGUGUCUCCCGUUUAUCCAAGGAAAGUGGUACCUGUGGUCCUCCCCCAUUUGAGAAGUUGCAAAUUGAGCCCCCUUCGAGAAGUAGGUUUGCUCAACCAGGCAGAUCACAUGAGUUCUCUGAGUCAACAUCCAAGAGAGCUGGACCCAUUGUGGCAAGUUCAGUUGGAAAUGCUGAAAGCAGGUGGAGCAGAAAGAGCCAGAAUGCUGAAGUAAAACCAGAUAAUGUGGAUAAUGGUCUUAAGACAACUUCCAUAGCUGAAAAAUUGGAAGAAAAUCCAAGUAGCUCUGAAACAAGAGCGAAAGAAGCAGUAGUUGAGUCAGUCCCUGUUCAAAAUCAGGCCGCAGCUCAGAAACUCUUGCAGAAAAUGGGCCAUUCCAACCAGGAUGGUCGACAUUCCAGAGGUCGAAAUUACAGGGGAAAGGGAAAACAAGAAGAGCCCGUGGUGUUCACUUUAGAUGAGUGGGAAAAGAGGAAUGUUGGCGCAAAACCUCAGAUAAAUGAAUACCCUGAAACCAGCCGUGAUGAAGACCUUGCUAGGCAGCUUCAGGCUCAACUCGACAUGGAAGAAUAUAAUGCACAAAGGACGCAUGACGCUGAAGCAGAUUACAUUAAAAGAAGUAUGUUUAACUAUGGAGGAGAAGAUGGUAGAGAUAUAGAUGAGCGUGGAGGUCGAGAAAGGGGAAGAGGAAGAGGUAGAGGAAGGGGGAGAGGAGGAAGAUGGAGAGGGAGAGGGAGAGGGAGAGGGAGAGGGAGAGGAGGAAGAGGGAGGGGGAGUUUUGGCUAACCCGUCUCUCCACCUCUAUACUAUAUAUGCACUCUUUGUACAAGGUAACAUUUUCCUUUAUCCUUUUUUUUAAAUCACAUGCAUGAAACGAAAACCAAUAUGGGCC